CCCGGCGUGUCACACGAGGCAGGUCUGAGUUCAAAGGUUGAACGCAGUUGCGCUCUCGCGAGCUUCGUUCUCUGUUUUCACAACAUAACACAUUUUUAGAUUUUACUAGACGUUUUUCGAAAAUAUCCAAGCGCUGCAUAGAAUGCUGGCUACAGGAGCAGCUGUAACCACGGCUCUGGCCCAAGUGGAUAGGGAAAAGAUAUACCAGUGGAUCAACGAGCUGUCCAGCCCAGAGACCCGCGAGAAUGCCCUGCUUGAGCUCAGUAAAAAACGGGAGUCCGUGCCAGAUUUGGCUCCAAUGCUAUGGCACUCAUGUGGAACUAUAGCUGCUCUCCUGCAGGAAAUUGUCAACAUCUACCCCUCAAUAAACCCCCCAACCCUCACCGCUCACCAGUCCAACAGAGUAUGCAACGCAUUAGCACUUCUGCAGUGUGUAGCCUCUCAUCCAGAGACAAGAUCGGCAUUUCUGGCAGCACACAUUCCUCUAUUCCUGUACCCCUUCUUACACACUGUCAGCAAAACACGACCAUUUGAGUACCUCCGACUCACCAGCCUAGGAGUGAUCGGUGCCUUGGUCAAAACAGAUGAGCAGGAAGUGAUCAACUUCCUGUUGACAACAGAAAUCAUUCCCCUGUGCCUUCGCAUAAUGGAGUCUGGCAGUGAGCUUUCCAAAACGGUAGCAACUUUUAUACUACAGAAAAUACUCCUUGAUGACACAGGGCUGGCAUACAUUUGCCAAACGUAUGAACGCUUCUCCCAUGUGGCCAUGAUACUUGGCAAAAUGGUUCUUCAGCUCUCCAAAGAGCCCUCUGCUCGUCUUUUGAAACAUGUUGUCCGCUGUUACCUACGCCUGUCAGACAACUCCAGCCCCCACACCAGAGCCCGAGAGGCCCUCCGUCAGUGUCUACCAGACCAGCUUAAAGACACCACGUUUGCCCAAGUCCUGAAGGACGAUACCACCACCAAACGCUGGUUGGCACAGCUGGUGAAGAACCUACAGGAAGGCCAAGUCACAGACCCCAGAGGCAUCCCUCUGCCCACACAGUAGCUCCCCUUACCUUUUCAGCAGGGUUGUACAAUUAUGGUAACUUUCCCAUGAUUCCCACGUUUACCUAGACUUUCCUAGGAAUUUUCCAAAUUAGAUUUAUUUAAAACCUGGGAAUUUUGCCAAAGUUACUGGAAUUUUGCAACCCUACGUACCAUGCAGCUGCACUGAGUGACACCCACCAGCAAGGACCCAGCUUCCAGAAACAGGAAAAAGCCACCAGUUUGAAUGACGAACGGACUCAUAAAGGGGCACUUAUUUUGUGAAGGAAGACUGUAUUGAAUGAAAGCUCUAUACUCAGCUGUUUUCUUACAGUAUCUUUCAUUCAGAUCAAACUGCCUGCCCAAUCUCCAGAAGUGUAUGAAUGUGUUUUCACUUGGUCUCAAACUAUUAGUUAUAUCUUCUUUUUUUCUCAAGGACAUUUGGAGUCUUCACUUCACUAAGUGUUCUGAAAUUGAAGUAGACGGCACAAUAAAAUGUUACACCUUGACAUAUGUGAUAUGUGGCAUACUUUCUCUUGUGUAAUAAUUAAUUGUAAUAACAUAUUACAAAGUAACUGUUUUCUAGUUACAUGGAUGUGUUAUUGAUAUACACAUCUCAAAUAGGCUAGUGUAUGGAAAUCAAGCUGCUUCUGUAUUGUGUACAUUAAGAGGUUCCAAGUAAACGUGUUGGUGUGCUUCAGUGUUGACAGAUUAAGGGACCCCACCCCCAUUUAAGCCUUGGCUCUGUCUAUCUAAGUGAAUCCUGAGCUGCUGCAGUGCAGUAUUGAUGCUCUGGAUCCUGAGUGGAGACUCGGUCAGAAAGAUAAGUUCAUGUUCUCAGUGCUCAACUGUAGAGGUAACUCCGGCCUCAACACAACCUUGUUCUCUGUCAGUGGCAAAGCAUGUGAACUUGGGGUGGCAGGUAGCCUCGUGGUUAGAGCGUUGGGCCAGUAACCAAAAGGUUGCUGGAUCGAAUCCCCGAGCUGACAUGGUAAAAAUCUGUCGUUCUGCCCCCGAACAGUUCCCUGUAGGUCGUCAUUGUAAAUAAGAAUUUGUUCUUAACUGACUUGCCUAGUUAAAUAAAGUUUUAAAAAACAUUGA